AUGAGAUUCUGGGCCAGGUUUGCGGUGUUGCUGGCGGCGUUGACGGUGUCGCUGCACUACUACUGUCGAGUGAAUGAAUGUUCAGUUGAGUUACAAAAAGCAUGCCUGUACACGUCUCCUGCGGGGAUCAACCAGUUGCUGCUGGAGAAUAACGAGUUUUACAGGGACCAAUUGCAUCCUGUGGUGGUUUUGGUGCAGGAUGAGUAUGCGAAACGGGUCGAACCGCACAUUUUAAGACUCGGUAGCGAUCUUUACCGCAAAAUAUACGUGCCAGUGGCGGGUUGUGCAAGAGAUAAGUACAGUUCGGUCGAUCUGUCGGGGUACAGCGGGUGGUUGCUGAGACAGCUGGCUCGGUUCCGGCGUAGGGUUGUUUUUUACUACAAUGUGACGCUGAGACCUUCGGUGCAGAAGAUGAUUCACUAUUGCAAGCUCGACGAGGUUUGCUCAAGGAUUCACGCCAAGCUGGGGCCGUUUCUCGAGAAGCUGAGGUUUAUCUGGCAUUAUCUGGGACCCUUGACCGAGAGGGCGCGGUCUUCCGUUGAGCAGGGCUACUCGGAGUUGAAAAGCAGGUACUAUCAUUCCUCGCAUUGGAUGGGCAGUGGCUCGUUCUACGAGAAAACCGGCUCCGAGGAGGCCGUAUCGCGGAGUGAUAGCGAAACCGAAGUGGACAGCGACGAGGAGGAUGAAGCUGGCGAUGUCGAGACCAGUACGAUGACUUCCACCGUCAUUGUGACCGUGACUAUGGACGAGCAGGCAGUUGCAUCGCCUACGGACACCGACCUGGAAGAAGUCUCCGAGCUGGAGACGUUACAGGACGAAUUCGAUGCUUGGUCUCAUCUCAUCGACCAGAAAUCCUCGAAUAUCAUCAGCAUGUUUAACAAGGACACGGAGAAGGCGUCUGUGGCAGAGAUCGAAAAGGUUGAAGCGGAUAUCCAACGCAAGACGCAGCAGCUUUCCCAGCUGGCGCAAACGUAUUUCCAGAAGCUGACCAAGAGCAUCCAGGAUAUCAAUUGCACAGCAGAACUUGACCCCAGCUCGGGCGAGCUAAUCUAUUUUGACAGGAGCGGCACCACCCAGCUGGCGACGUACAUCACUCGGCCGCUGGUCCGCGCCAUCUUCAAGGAGGCCCACACGGAGCUGGAGAAGAUGACGCAGGCCAUCGAGCAGGAUCUCCAGCAGCUAACCUCCCGGAUCGAAGCCAGCGUCAGGGACACCAGGGAAGACAUACUGGAGCUCUACGAAGAAUGGGGGGACGUCAUGAUCACCGAGUGGUCCAAGCGCCUGGCCUACGUCGACGUAGUCUCCGCGCAUUUCGGCGCGGACGACGCUCACUCGCCCCAGCCGGAAGAUCUCUCGGCAGAGAACUGGAAGAGAUUCCUAAAGCUCAAGAAACAGGUCAUCAGGGCCAGAGACGAUCUGGCAGCCGCCCCGGCCGAACUCGCCGCUUUCAAGAAGUUCAUCAACAAGGCACAGCUAGUGCUCGAAACGGUCACCGAGGAGUCCGGCGAGUACCUCUACAUCCUCAGAGCGAGAGCCAACCUGGCGUUCCAGGAGCGUGAGAGACAAGAGCGCGAAAAGUCGAUGGCAGGCCUGGCCUCCGAGCUACAUUCAGCGAACGAAACGAUAUCGGAGGCUACGCCCGACCACGUCGAAGAUCCCGUCCACAAGCCCGUACAGGAGUCGCUGCCAGUCACGGAGGAUCAAGAGUAG